AUGCGCUUCACUUAUCUGUUUACUCUUGGAGCAGCCCCAGCAAUGGCUGCGGUCCUGAGCUACCGGGCUGUCAGCUGCACGACGACUGCUGAUGCAGGAGCUACAUGUUUGAGCUUUGCCAGCUCCUGGGGAAUCUCUGUAGAGAGCCUCCAACAGCUGAAUCCAGGAAUCUCCUGCCCUAAUCCCGAUACCAGCAAGUCAUACUGCGUGAUUGGCACUGUCAAAGAUGACCCGUCGAGCGCAACGACCACUACCACUAAUGAGGCUGUAACCACCACCCAUUCUGUGUCUGAUCCCUCUCCCACCAUGCCUGGUAUCGCCAGCAACUGCAAUGGCUUCUACAAGGUGGCAUCCGGUGACCAAUGUGACACCAUUGCGGCGAAGUACGGUAUCAGCGAGGCCCAGUUCAGAAGCUGGAACACUCAGGUCAAUGAAAGUGCGUCUUCCACUUACUUCCCCUUUGUGCAGAGCUUUUGUGAUCUAUGGUAUAAGAUUCUGACAUCUGUAGAAUGCACAAAUCUAUGGCUAGACUACUACGUCUGCAUACAAGUCCCCGGCGCAACGACUACCCCAGCACCCAAGCCAACCACCGAGCCCUCAGGGCCCACACCCCCAAUGCCGGGUAUUAUUGCAAACUGCAAGAGCUACCACCUGGUCCAGGCUGGCGACAGCUGUUACUCGAUCGAAACUGCUGCGAAGAUCACGUUGGCGCAGUUCCGUGCUUGGAAUACUCUAAUUGACGCGGCGUGUAGCAAUCUGUGGCUGGAAUACUAUGUUUGCGUUGGUGUUUAA